CGGUCCCCAGCGCACCACCCGCUCGGCCCGCCCGGGGCACUGCGCCCUGUGCUGCGCCCCGGAGCCCCCUGCCGAGGCCGGUGCUCAGACCUGCAGAGAAACGCCUCCUUGAUUUCACCUUACGAUGGAAUUGAAGAAGUCGCCCGACGGUGGAUGGGGCUGGGUGAUUGUGCUGGUCUCCUUCCUUACUCAGUUUUUGUGUUACGGAUCCCCGUUAGCUGUUGGAGUCCUGUACAUCGAAUGGCUGGAUGCCUUUGGUGAAGGGAAAGGGAAAACUGCAUGGGUCGGAUCUCUGGCAAGUGGAGUUGGCUUGCUCGCAAGUCCUAUCUGCAGUCUCUGUGUCUCGUCGUUUGGAGCAAGGCCUGUCACAAUCUUUAGUGGCUUCAUGGUGGCUGGAGGCCUGAUGUUGAGCAGUUUCGCCCCCAAUAUCUACUUUCUGUUUUUUUCCUAUGGCAUUGUUGUAGGUCUUGGAUGUGGUUUAUUAUAUACUGCAACAGUGACCAUCACAUGCCAGUAUUUUGAUAGCCGCCGAGGCCUCGCACUUGGUCUGAUUUCAACAGGUUCUAGCGUUGGUCUGUUCAUAUAUGCUGCUCUGCAGAGGAUGCUGAUAGAGUUCUACGGACUGGACGGAUGUCUGCUGAUCGUGGGUGCUCUAGCUCUAAAUAUAUUGGCCUGUGGCAGUCUGAUGAGACCCCUCCAGCCCUCUGCGUGUCCGUUGCCCGAAAAAACAGCUCCAGAAAAUAUACCGGAUAGAUACUCCAUUUACAAUGAAAAAGAAAAAAAUCUGGAAGAAAACAUAAACAUUCUUGAUAAGAGCUACAGUUGUGAGGAAACAUGCAAGAGCCCUCUGGCCCCUGCUGGCUGGAAACAGGAGAGUCUGCAUCAUAAAACGCCCACCGCGGCGGACACAAAAGAGCCUGAAACCUACAGAAAGAAGGUUGUAGAACAGACAUAUUUUUGCAAACAGCUUGCCAAGAGGAAGUGGCAGUUAUAUAAAAACUACUGUGGAGAAACUCUGGCUCUUUUUAAGAACAGGGUGUUUUCAGCUCUCUUCAUUGCUAUCCUGCUUUUUGACAUUGGAGGGUUUCCACCUUCUCUGCUUAUGGAAGAUGUAGCAAGGAGUUCAAAUGUGAAAGAAGAAGAGUUUUUUAUGCCUCUUAUUUCCAUUAUAGGCAUUAUGACAACAGUUGGUAAACUCCUUUUAGGGAUACUGGCUGACUUCAAGUGGAUUAAUACUUUAUAUCUCUACGUCGUUACCUUGCUAAUCAUGGGCCUGGCCUUGUGUGCAAUUCCAUUUGCCAAAAGUUAUGUCACACUGGCAAUCCUUUCUGCGAUCCUGGGGUUUUUUACUGGUAAUUGGUCCAUCUUCCCCUAUGUGACCACAAAGACUGUGGGAAUUGAAAAAUUAGCCCAUGCCUACGGGAUAUUAAUGUUCUUUGCUGGACUUGGAAAUAGCCUUGGACCACCAAUUGUUGGUUGGUUUUACGACUGGACCCAGACCUAUGACAUCGCCUUUUAUUUCAGCGGCUUCUGCGUCCUCCUGGGAGGGUUGAUUCUGCUGCUGGCAGCUUUGCCCACUUGGGAUCUUUGCAAAAAACCACUCCCCAAGCCAGCUCCCACCACAUUUUUGUACAAAGUUGCCUCUAAUGUUUAGAGGAUCAUUGCAAGACACUAUUUUUGCCCUUUGAUACCCUAUAGCAAAAAAAAAAAAAAAUAUUUUAACUAAUUCUCCAGUAGAUUUCUGUAGAAUCAAGACUGCUUUCUCAGAGCAGACUUUCCCAUGGUUGACUCUGAACAAUUUGUUUUUUCAACAUAUCCUACUCUUUAUGUACUGUAUGCACAAUGUAUUUACCUCCCCAGGAAGUGAGAUUAUUCAUUAGUUUUGAACAUUGGGAAACUUUGGGCCCCUCUCAGAAGGUUUUUCUCUGUGUAAAGAACUGUAAUUUCUAUGCUGACUCCACUAGUUCCACUGCAGGGCGCCCAGAGCGCUCACUCCUAUUUUAAAACUGAUGCAAGCCCCGUGAGGGGAUAUGUGAAGGCCAGUAGGGAUUAAAUCACUCUUGUCUGUGGUAGACUAGCUGGUAGAUAGAAGACCUCAAGCCAACCAGGAAAUGAAAGUGGUUGCUAAAACAGCAUGAAGACUUGCACUGGAGCAAACUGAUCAUUUUUUUAAAAAAAGAUAUUUUAAAUGAGUCACUAGUUUUUGUUUACCUUGAUGAAGCACCCAUAUAUAUGUCAUUUGGUGCCCACUGAGCACAAAACAUUUCACUUCCUGAGAUGCAGGCAAACUGCAAGCAGAGGAGUGGUCUCGGGAGCCUUUCUCCGCGGUCGGUCAUCAUCAUCUCGCUCACGUGUCAGCGUCCACUUGACCGAUGUUUCCCAGGAGGUGAUGAUUUUACCCGUUUCCAAAUUGGAAAUGCAUUUUUCAACCAUUCCAUUGUGGCAAAUGGGAAACAUCCAUUUGCUUUGGGCACAGUGGGGGAUGGAUUGCAGGUCCUGUGUAUCAUCCUGAUGAAGCACUUGCUUGCUACUAUCUGAUUUUACCACUGUUAAUCAAUUUAACUCAAGAGCAGAACUACACAGGGAGUGUGUGUGUGUGUGUGUGUAUGAGAGAGAGUGUGCUGAGUCUGAGUGGGAAAUGUAAGAAAUUGAUACCCUUAUCCAGUUUCAUUUCAUCUUAAUAAUGUUCUAGGAAAGAAAUCAGUGUUUAAUAGAUUGACAGUUUUUUCCCCCUGAAGAAAUGGGUUUUUAAACUUGGAUAUGCAUGAGAAUUCCUCAUAGGUUUUUUUUGAAAAUACAGGUGUCUGGGUACCACACUUAGAAAUUUUAAUACUGUAGGUCUAGGCUCUGACCCAAGCAUCUAUAUUUUGAAUGAUCUCUUUAACUGAUUCCAGCUACAUGGCCUGGGUUGAGAAUGGCUGUUGUAAGAUUGACAAUAGAGAAACAUUGGUCUCUUAAAUAAAAACAAAGUAAAAGAAACCAUGAGGUCAGAGGGGUUUAUAAAUAUCCAAGUGCUCUUUAAAUAGAAGGCACCCUUCCCAUUGUGCCAAAACCGUCUUUUCAUUUCUUUUGAAAUACGUACAGUUAUUUUACACGUCUCUGUUGCCUUUCUUGGAAGGCGCCUGAAGCACUUUAUUAGCAUGAAGCCUCACAAUGCCUCUGUGAGGCAGGGAAAUAGUCCUUUUCUCUGUGGCAAACCUGGAGUCAGGACAGUUUCAUCACCGAGUCCAUCCUACUCAAUAAUGCAAUAAUGGGCGCUCCAGGGCACCUUGGACUUCUGCUCCGCACUCAGACUUCUGGAAAGUUUACCGUACCUCAUUCUUUAGUCACUGUCAAGGUUAGCAAAUAAAAUAAGUGAUGUUCAGAAAAAUAGACUACAUGUUUUUGUGUUGAAAUUUCCUUUUUUUGCCAAUACUACAUUCAGGAAAUCCAGUAACAUGAAAAAGUUCUUUUAUGACAUCUGCACAUUCAUCAUUGUUGGUGAUUGUCCAAAUGCCUCUUCACUGUGUCUACUAAUGUUAUCCAAUGCGCGCAUUAUCCAUGGUCUAGGAAAUGAAUUUU